AUGGUUCAGCUUUACAGCUCAGACACGGGUUCGGUUGCUCUGCUGGACAUUGACAUCUGUGGGCCGUCGAUCCCUAAAAUGAUGGGUCUAGAAGGGGAACAGGUUCACCAGAGUGGCUCUGGAUGGUCUCCAGUGUACGUGGAAGAAAACUUAGGUGUCAUGUCUGUGGGGUUCUUGCUUAGUAGUCCUGAUGAUGCUGUCAUCUGGAGAGGACCAAAAAAAAAUGGGCUGAUCAAACAAUUUCUUCGUGACGUGGACUGGGGUGAAGUCGAUUACCUGAUUGUAGAUACCCCUCCAGGAACAUCAGAUGAGCACUUAUCUAUUGUGCAGUAUCUCAGUGCAGCACACAUAGAUGGUGCUGUUAUAAUCACCACCCCUCAGGAGAUAGCACUGCAGGAUGUUCGGAAGGAGAUCAACUUCUGCCAUAAAGUGAAACUGCCCAUCAUAGGUGUCGUGGAAAAUAUGAGUGGCUUCAUAUGUCCAAAGUGUAAGAAUGAAUCUCAGAUCUUUCCCCCAACUACUGGAGGUGCAGAGAAGAUGUGCCAGAACUUAAAUGUUUCCCUCUUGGGUAAAGUGCCUCUAGAUCCCCAGAUAGGAAAAAGUUGUGACAAGGGCCAGUCUUUCUUGUCUGAAGCACCUGAGUCUCCAGCUACAUUGUCUUACAGGAACAUCAUUCAGAGAAUUCAGGAAUACUGUGAUCAACACCAUUUUCAAGAAGAAAAGAUUAUCUAAUCUAUGAAUGUAGUUAAUGUUUUAAUUAUAGGAAAGUAACUUAUGCCUUGAUUUAAUGGAAGAAAUGUAUUCUUUUUGUAUAUUGCAAAUAAAUUCUUCAUAUAAA